GGCAGCAUGGGCAGCCUCCUCCCGCUCCUGGCCCUGCUGGGCGCGGCGGGGGUUGCUGGCUCUUUGGAGGAACGUGAGAGCUGUGGAGGCAUCAUCGACGUGAUCAGUGCAGCUAAUGGGACCAUCCACUUACCAGCAGUCAAGGGCCCUCUAGCACCCACCAGAACCUGCACCUGGGUGAUAGCCGCGCUGCCCUCUGAGGAAGUACACGUGGAAAUCAAAGCCCUGGAGGCUGCUGCUCAUCCCAACCUCAGUGUGCGCUUUGAAGGUAGCCCAGGGGAAGGGGCUGGCAGGGAGGGGCCCAUGGACAUUGCCCACAGCUUUCUUCUGAAGGGACAGGGAAGAACCGUGAUCAGAGGGAGCCUGGAUUCCAGUCUCACUUUCACUUACUGGGUGGUUGUGGAUUGGUGCGCACGGCUGGCCCUUUGCUGCUCCAUGGUGGGAUCGGCGCAGACCUGUCUCUGCCCUGGGAACUCAACAGGGGAACGCUGCCGGACAGGUGUGGAUGCCCUGGAGUCUCUGCGGGAAGGUGUUGGGCAGGUGGCAUCACAAGAGGCCAGGGUGAAGCUGAGGGGGGCUGUGUUAUCUGGAGCUGCUGAGCGUCUCCGCAGCACCAGCACUGCAGCCUCGGGCACUCGCCUUGCUCCUCACCAGAGCCCUGCGGCCUGGCCUGCCGGCACUGCUGAGAGCCCCGGAGAUGCACUGAGUAACGCUGCCCCCGUGCCGCGAGGGCCGUGGCUGGGCAGGAGAAGGAAUGGGCCCCUGGCUCAGGAGGGAGCGACCACUGAGUGUUUGGAGCCACCGGCCACUGCAGCAGCUGCUGAGCACCAGGACAAAGCCCGCGACCCGGGAGUGCGUACACACCCGUCUGCUGCAGGAAAGGGGACGCCCGCUGGAAGGACCGGCAGCCCUUUGUUCUCUGCAAGAUCCCAGUUCAAGGCAGCAAAUCCCACGUCAGUGCCUCUCCCUGGGACAGUCCGUCUGGGAAACCUGAGGGCAAAAGAUCCCACUUCCCUGGGGAGCAGCAGCUCCGAUAUAGAGUCACCCACGGUGUCUCCUGGCUCUGCCGCCCGGGACCGGGCACCUUCCAGCACCUCUGCAGUAACAGAGCCAGUGUACCCCAGUGGAGAGAGCGUGCUCACAACAGGGCCCUUGGACCCGGAGCCGUGGAGCAUGGAAACACCGGAUGCUGCUCUCGGCCUGAGUAAAACCAGGACUGAGACCAGCCAGGGCAGUGCUGCGAGCACACAGAAGCCAGUGACCUUGCUGCCUUCCUCUGUGCUCAUGGGCAGCCCUGCUCCCAGGGCAAUUGCAGGGGGCAGUGGGGCUCAGCGCUUCGGAGGAGGGAAGCAGGGGCUGGGGACGGCACACAGGGACGCUGCCGUUACUGCGGAGUUGGAAUUCACUGACCUGGGCCUAGGAGCCACGCUGCCAAGCCCCACAGAGGGCUCUGGCACCCUGCCACGAGGACAGAUGACGCUCGCCAUGCGCGCUGCAGCCUCCACAUCGUGCGACUCUCUGGAAACCAGCCAGACACCUGCUCUGCAGCCCAACAGCCGGGAGAGUCUGACCUGGCGGCUGGGGGGCAAAGCUCAGCCUGCCACAGAGACUGGUGGGACCCCAGUACGCACCCCAGACAGCGGCCUGACAGAGCCGCUCGCCACAGCAGCUCGCUCUGCUCCAGGACUCCAUUCCAGCACCCCUCGCAUGGUGCCCCUGGGAAGCCCCAGGCCUGAGGGUGGCCUGGGCCAUACGCUGGCGGAGGCUGGCUCUGAGGAGUCGCCAGGGCACAGUGUCAAUGGAGUCCCAGAAAACAUGGACUUGUCUCUCUCCAGUGACAUGCGCACAGAGGGGGACCCUCAGGCAGCGUCCUGGGCUGGGUCAUUCCCCGGGGCUUCCCCAGACAGGAUACCAAGUGUCUACACGGGGACCCCAAGGCCUUUGAGCAACCUCACAGCACCUGCCCCAUCCCCUGGCUCGGCCCAGCCCCCAGCCCCAGCUGAGCAGCUCAGCAUGGGGGCCGGUGUCUCUCACCCCACAGCUCCUGGCCAGGAGAACGGGGGUCUCAGUGAGCACGCCCCGGAGCCUAGCCUGUCGACACCAGCCCCAGCCCUGGAGCGGCUAUCGAGUGACUUCUGGACUCUAGCCUGGCUCCCCAAAACCCCUGCUGAGAGGACUCCAGAGCCUGGCACAGGGGAGUCCAGCAGCACGGUCUCAGCCGUGCCCGGUACGGCUGUGUCUGUGGGCACGUUCUCCCAGCCUCCUGUCUCCUGCACUCCUGGGGCCAAGCAGCCCUCCCUGGCUCCUGCCUCAGUCGUGGCAGUGACGUUUCAGAAGGGAGUGUUCUCAGGAGCCUCCAGCGGGGAAGCUGUGCCCCAUGGCCCUGGCACUGUGCGAGCCACCACUCCUCUGGGCUUUCAGCCUCCACCAGCCAGCCAGCCUGCUGGAGCGGAUACACCGGCAGCCGUUCUGCAGAGAGGAUCCACAGCGCUCAGCCCAACAGAGCCCCCCGACUCCCCUGGGACCGGGCUGAGCUCCCCAUUCCCCUUAGAGAAGGAUGUUUCAGGGUCUGCUGCCCUGGGACUCGCAGAGCUCAGCUUGGCAACCACCCAGUCUCCAUCGUGGGAUACGGCAACCAUUAAUGCCAUGGUGGCAACGUCCUCAUUGGCAUCUGCAAGCUGGAGGGGAGGGACCGAGAGGCUGGGCCAGCGGGCAACAGUCCUCCCCGGCCUGGGCUGCGCAGGCUGGAUCUGAACUGGGGAAUU